CCGACCGCUUGGCUCAGACGCGGCGGUUCUGAACGCCCCAAAACGGUGAUGUUCCGUGAACAGACGUAUUAGCCAGAGGAGCGAGCCCCCUCCAGAGACCCCCCCACACCUGCCGCUGAGAACCCGGAGAAGUAACAGGCUGCAGCGGGAGAAAGUUUCCUGCUCGCUGUUGAACCUCAUUUGUUUUAGAACCACCAUGUGCACCUCUUUUAUCGGUUAGACCCAGAGCCCGGACUCUCUUCUCGCCGGUUCCUCCGCUCGCCUGUCGCCGUCACAUCGUGAUGCCAAGACGUCUGAUCUCGGUCCAGAUCCAGGAUCUGCCAUUGUAACGGGAUCUUCUGUUUGGGAGGGAAGGGGGGGCAUAUGCUCUCCUGGUCUCUGUGCAAGAAGACCAGAGGACCCCGCAGAGAUAGAACCACCAGUAGUUUGUAGAUGUUCGACCAGAACACGACUAUGGGCGAUGGGAGCCACCGAUGUGGAACCAACCCGCUGUGUCCGGACCGAAUGGAGGGAAAGUGUCGCACCGAGAUUGGAAGCCGAUCGCCGGUACAAAGCUCCUCGGACACCCCGGGCACAUCAGCCUCCACUCCGACCUCCUCCAGCGAAGAGGGACACGACAAACUUCUGGGAGUUGACCCGGACUACUGCAGGAGGAUCCUCGUGAGAGACGCCAAAGGGACCAUCCGAGAGAUCGUCCUGCCGAAAGGCCUGGACUUGGACCGGCCCAAGAGGACUCGAACAUCCUUCACCGCUGAACAACUCUACCGCCUGGAGCUCGAGUUCCAACGUUGCCAGUACGUGGUGGGGCGGGAGCGCACUGAGCUCGCGAGGCAACUGAACCUGUCCGAGACUCAGGUGAAGGUUUGGUUCCAGAACCGGCGCACCAAGCAGAAGAAAGACACCACUAAGGAUUCAGACAAACGUUCUUCUUCUUCGUCGGAGUCCUUGGCCACUUGCAACAUCCUGCGGCUGCUGGAGCAGGGUCGCCUUCUGUCGGGCCCCGCUCCCACUCCAAACCCCCUUCUGGGGCCACCGCCACACCCCGCCAACGGCUCUCUGCUCAGCAGCCCGGGCGGCGCCUCCUCCACCUCCCCUGGCAUCAGCAGCAGCACCCCUCCAUGUUCCCUGGCGGGAGCCACUUUUGGGCUGUCGCUGCCUUCGCUGGGAGGCACCCCGCCCUCACCACGCCUGGGUGUUCCCCCACCUCACUCCCUCUGCUUCUCCAUGCCGCUGCUGGGCGGCGCACACCACGAACUCACGUCCGGCUACGGCUGCGGUUCCUCAGCGUUCGAGCCAUACAUGCGGCUGGACAGAAAGGAGGCCGAUCUGAGCGGGAAGAAGACAGUCUCUUAAGUGUUUUGACCAAAUCGGAGGAACCCUUACCCCUAUCUCCAGGACCUCAUUCGGGCGCCUGGAUCAUCAGACGGUGCUUUUCUGCUGUGUGACAGAUGGUGACAUGACUGCGUGAUGACGCCUCCCAUUUAAAAAAAAGGAAAGAAAACAAAACUUUCAAACUGGGGCUUUUUUAAUCACUGCUCUCUUUGCGGUCGUCCCAAACAAGUUUUUUUUUUUCCGUCCAGUGAGUUUGUGUGUGUGUUUCUUCUAUACUGGCCUUCUAGGGGAAAAAAUUCUGACUGAAUCUGCAGUUUUCUGUAAUGUUUUCCAUUUUUAGUUUUUGUGGAUUCUUACGAUGGAAGAAAGACUAAAAGAAGAAUCGUAGCAUUUAAAUAUCAGUCUGUUGUCGUCCAGCGGUAGUUUUCCUGUAAAUUCUUGAUUUGGUUGUGUUCGUGAAAUAACGUGGUGGUAUCUGGACAAAUCACACAUCUGGAUCCAGUAGUGGAAAACGGAAGAGUAGUUGUGUGAGGACGCUGGUAGGAUUCUGCCAAAUCAUUAGGGACGAAGACAAGAAACACCCAUCUCUGAUUCAGUCCCAAUUCCGUGUCGAAGUACGAGCCUGGAACACGUGCUCGGCUCUCUGCUGAGCCUAAAAGACGUUUUUGUUUGGUGCUAUAUAUCAUCCUUACUUUGUAACGGUUUAACAAAUAUUCUUCAUCGUUCUUAAUGCUAUGUUUGCAUCACAAAGUCACAUGACUCCAUUUUAGGUCUUCCAUUCGCUGACUCUGUUGUUUGACAGUGCAGCAGCUGUCGCUCAUGAUUUUUUAGGGGGGAGGAGGGCUGGGGGACACGCCAGUUUUUAUUGGUUGCUCACAGACUGACCACAGCAGCCGUUCAAUGUACUGAAAUGACCAUACAACCAAAAAUUUUCACAAUUUAAGUAAGUCACCGAGAUCAGAGCAGGAAAACCACUUGUGAACGUGUCAUUCCGUUCAACUCUUCACCACGUCCAGGAAUCGUUCAUGAAUGCAGAACUCGAGCGUUGUUAAAUUAUUCCUAAUUUUAUUUGAGAUUGUGUUUGUUCCUUUGUUGAUAUUUGAUUGGUUGUCUUGUUAGUCCGCCGUCUCUGCUCAAUGAAAGCACUUUACGUCUGUAGGCUCUUCUCUCUCUCCUUGUUUUGUUUGGCUUCUGAAGCAUCCUAAUGUUAUUGAGUGAAACUGGAUAUUUAUUUGUGAGGUGGAAACAUGUCUUUGGACAGGGGCUCUUGGUUAUUCAGUAAAGCUACAGUUUACAACGCUACAGACACAUGUUUAAGACCUCAAGUGGGGUCGGGGCUGCAGGCUACAUAGAGCCAGGUACCAUUGCACCCAUUCACCAGGACUCAUUCAUACGGAUGGUUUUGGGCUUGUUUGUGUGUAAACACAUGACAGCACAGCAUGAAUCUUGCUACAAUAGUUCUGCAGACCCCACUAGAGAAUGAGAGCUGCUUUACUAUAACUUCAGUGCUGACGCUUUAGUGUGAUUGAAAUGUCUUUUAUUUUAUUAUUCUUAUGUUGAGAUUACAUUUGUUCUGAAUGUUGCAGGUAUUUACUACUCAUCAUGAUUCAUCUGGUUGAUUCACCUGGAUUUCUGUGGCUUAUUUCUGGCACAGCAAUGGCACAGUGGUUAGAGGGCGAGACGGGUGCGGGGUGCACCUGUGAGGUGACCCGUCUGUGACAGGCUACACCUGCUCAGACACCACAAACACAGAAAGCAGCCUCGUUCCGCCAUGCAGCAAAAAUAAAUAAAUAAAUAAAAAGAAAACGUUUAGGAUCUACAACAUACUACGUAAAACUUGUCAGACACCACUUUCAGAAGUUAGUUCAUAGAAACAUAAUCACGAUUAAUGAUCAAUAUUUGUCAAUCAGUCGAGGACAAAAGUGUCCACUCUGUGCUAUAUUUUGAGUAUUUAAAGGUUGCCGUCACUUGCCGUCGCAGUGAUUUUGCGUUACGUUGUCAUCCUGAGGGCAGUUUUUGACCAGAUACUCCACAAAAACAGAUCAUGUGUUGGUGUUUUCAUCAGGACUGCAGUUUAAUUUGAAAAUGAUGCUGCGCUAAAGGAAGAAAAACACCCAUGAUCCUCAGUUGGUACGCAAAGGCUAGGAGCAGGUUGGUGAAGAGAUUUGUCUGGAAGCUUUUUAUGUUUGCUUCACCAUCACACUGGACUGUAGAGACAACUGGGAUAUUCUUCUAAAAGAUGCGUUGUGAGUAAUGAAGAGAUUAAGAGAUAGUUGGACAAUAUGCGGGUGCUUGACAUGAAGUUUUCAUUUGAGAAGUUAUGCUGUGGCUGUGGCAUGGAGGCAGAGAUCACGGAGCAGAUGAACCCUGCAGGAUUUUCAACUGAUUCAGGUCUCUCUGAUAAACGCACAGUUCGCCUCCCGUCUUUUAAUUUUUGUGGUGCGUAGAUGAGGAAAAGAGAAAAUGAGACGAUGUAUUUUUCUGACACAAAGCAGACCACCGCUUGCCCGCGAUCUGUACAUGUCAGAUGAGUUCACCUCUGCCUCGAGACCUCCAUUCUCUCCACAGUUAUGUGUUUUGGCUUCUUUCUCUCUGAGGUGCCAUCGUGAGGCCUGACGUGUGUCUCCAGAGAAAUCCAAUUAAGCCAGACAUCGAUAAAGCGCCACACGUGUGGACACACAAGUUGAUAUUCAAAGCCCGGGCGUAUUUACAGAUGCUUCUGUGUAGAGGUCCAUGAAAGGAUCAUGAACCUCAGACAUAUUCUCGGUGGGGUCUCCGGUCCUUUUUGCACCAGCUGGCAUCAGGUGUUUUGUUUGCUAUGUUUGGAUCAGCGGUGCCGCGGGAAGAAAAGCCCUGUUGUCUACUCAUUGCUCUUUGCUCGGCAGUGGCGCUGCUGUUGUUGAACACUAUUAUUUUCUAUAAGCACCAUCCAUAAUUCACUCUCUGCAGCAUGAAAUAUUGAGUGGGGAGAUGGAGCUGAGAGGUCAGGCAGUGGGCUUCUCAUGUAAGACCUCUCUCAAAUCCUGCUUUAGCAGCUUCUGUUGAAGUAGCUGCCCCGCUGUGUUGUCACCAAAACUGUCUUACUCUAUUUUUGAUGCAGUAUUUAAAUUUUUCAGGACAGAUUUCAUGAUAUCUAGUUGUAUUCAGCUGCAAAUUUACAGGCUGCUGGUCCAGUUGCACACAGAGAUAAAAGGCAGACUCCUCAGAGCUGUGUCUUUUUAGGGUUUGGAUACUUGGAUUAUAGAUUACAGAGAUCCUAUUUCAGCCAUGACCCAAUAUCCAUCAUCAGUACUGACUAGGAGCUGAUAGCAUCUUGAGUUAGCCCUACAAUUCAGCUUAACCGUCCCCUCACUCGAGAGACAAACCUCAAAAUACUGGAGCACUACUUGGUUGCUACUCGCUGAUAUUUCUCAUCCACAUCUUUUCAAAUGAAUGAAGUUCUCUCUGUAAUCGUAUGUGUAUUUAUGUCUACAGAACAUCAGAAACGUGAAUGACCACUGUCACUUGAUAUCAUGAAUUUUGUUGCCCUCAACAGAAAAGCCUCACACACACACCUUUUUUUUUUUUUUUUUUGGUUGAAGAGUUCCCCCUUCUCACUUUUACCCACAUGCAUGGGUCAUUCUCUCAAAUCUUCUAUGCUCUCAUGUUUAGUUUGUAAAAUUUCAUGCACAGUCAAGUGCAUGCAUGAUUUGCCUUUUUAAUGUCAAGUCAAACGCACCAGCGACAUACCAUGUAUAUAAAUAUGAAUUUAUAUUUAAAUAUAUAUAUGAAUGGGUCUUUGCACAAGUAUCUCCAUGUCCGCUCCAUGUGAUUUCAACAGGGUAAAAAAAAAUAAAAAUCUCAAGGCAAAGAAAAAAAAUUGAAAAACAGGAAAAAAGACUUCCUAAAUGCUUUAUGAUUCCUUGUCUCAUUAACAUUUUGCACUUAUUUAAAGAGGCUUACUUCUGUUGUCGGGGCUGACAGAGCUGUUUUCACGCUCGGCCAAGAUAUUGUACAAAAUGUAUAUGUAUUUUUAUUCAUAUGCAUAUAAAUAUAUGUCUAUGUAAACAGUCUCUUGUCAUUUUUUUCUA